CAGAGCUGGAGGCACCGCCAGGAGAAUGGAGUCUCCUAAUAGCCUCCCGGGGCUGGUGUGAAAUCUGACCACCUGAUUCCAGUUUUUCUUUCCUUUUCUUUUCCUUUUUUUAAAUUUUAUUUUCUCCCCUCACCACCCAUCGUGUAGUGAAAUAUAUCUUGCUCCGUUCCAAGAGAGGAGAUCAUGAUUGAGUGAAACCACCCUGUCCGCAACAAGAAAAAGCACAAAGAAGAAAUACAGCGAUGGCCAGGUUGACAGAAUCCAUGACUAACGUCCUGGAGGGUGACUCCAUGGAUCAGGAUGUUGAGAGCCCUGUGGCCAUUCACCAGCCAAAGUUGCCUAAGCAGGCCAGGGAUGACUUGCCAAGACACAUCAGUCGAGAUCGGACCAAAAGGAAAAUCCAGAGGUACGUGCGGAAAGAUGGAAAAUGCAAUGUCCAUCAUGGCAAUGUGAGGGAGACCUAUCGCUACCUGACCGACAUCUUCACCACCUUAGUGGACCUCAAGUGGAGAUUCAACCUGCUGAUUUUCGUCAUGGUUUACACAGUGACAUGGCUCUUUUUUGGGAUGAUCUGGUGGCUAAUCGCAUACAUCCGAGGAGACAUGGACCACAUAGAGGACCCCUCAUGGACUCCCUGUGUCACCAACCUCAACGGGUUUGUCUCUGCUUUUUUAUUCUCCAUAGAGACAGAAACCACCAUCGGUUAUGGCUACCGGGUCAUCACAGACAAGUGCCCAGAGGGAAUUAUUCUCCUCUUAAUCCAAUCUGUGCUGGGGUCCAUUGUCAACGCAUUCAUGGUGGGAUGCAUGUUUGUAAAAAUAUCACAACCCAAGAAGAGGGCAGAGACCCUGGUCUUUUCCACCCAUGCGGUGAUCUCCAUGCGGGAUGGAAAACUGUGCCUGAUGUUCCGAGUAGGGGAUCUUAGAAAUUCCCACAUUGUAGAGGCCUCCAUCCGAGCCAAGUUGAUCAAAUCCAAACAGACCUCAGAGGGUGAGUUCAUCCCCUUGAACCAAACGGAUAUCAAUGUAGGGUAUUACACCGGGGAUGACCGUCUGUUUCUGGUGUCACCGCUCAUCAUCAGCCAUGAAAUCAACCAACAGAGUCCUUUCUGGGAGAUCUCCAAAGCCCAGCUGCCCAAAGAGGAACUAGAAAUUGUGGUCAUCUUAGAAGGAAUGGUGGAGGCUACAGGGAUGACAUGCCAAGCUCGGAGCUCCUACAUCACCAGUGAGAUCCUGUGGGGUUACCGGUUCACACCUGUCCUGACGCUGGAAGACGGGUUCUACGAGGUCGACUACAACAGUUUCCAUGAGACCUAUGAGACUAGCACCCCAUCUCUCAGUGCCAAAGAGCUGGCCGAGCUGGCCAACAGGGCGGAGCUGCCCCUGAGUUGGUCUGUGUCCAGCAAACUCAACCAACAUGCAGAACUGGAGACUGAGGAAGAAGAGAAGAACCUCGAGGAACAAACAGAAAGGAAUGGUGAUGUGGCAAACCUAGAAAACGAAUCCAAAGUGUAGUCUCCUAGCGGGGCAGCUCCUCCUCUCCCCUCGCACAACCUUUCCUCGUCUCUCAUUCUCUUUCUUUUUGUCUCUCUUCCUUGGUUGUUUAUUUAUUUAUAUUUAAUUUUGACAUGACCAGAAAACAAGUCUUCAAGGUGUAAAAUAUCUACCUGCCCUCUCUCAGUUAAUUCAGAUCGACAAGGUAGACACGGAUUUGGUGAAGGUGCAACGUGCCGUCAUUUGUGGCCCAAGCUUGCUCUCUUCCCGAAAUACCACAGACCCAGCUCCUAGGGAUUUCAGCUACUCACCGGCAUGUCAUGUACAAUACCAGAUCCCUCAAAGAAUGUGUUAGAGGUUUCACCUGGGAUAUGACAAGUUAGGUCUCUGGUGCCUAUUUAUUCAUGCAGUGAGACAUAGCGUAUAACCCUCAGUUUUAUAGAUUCCAAUAAAUUUCAUCCACAGGGCGAGGUGCUUGCCCCAUACAGGCACUGCAGUUAUAGGACCCGGGUCAGGUAAAGACAAAACACUGUACAUAUAUAUGCCUUAUGUAAUUAUUUUUUCUUUUUGCAGUUAGUAAUAAAACACAGCAUGUACAAAAGUACUGUAGGACAGAACUUCUAAAUACUGUACAUAGAUGUAUAAUUAAUGUAGGUUUAGAUAUAUAACUUUAGAAAUAAGAUGCAAAAAAAAAAAAAUUCCCGAUGUACAGUAGGCAUUCUGUUCUGAUGUCUUUGCUUUCUCAAUUUCGUUGGUCCCAUCAACCGCUGACCCUUCGUGCAUGGCCUUUGUCCUGUGUCCCAGACUGGUAGUAUUUGGGUACCUCACUCUUCCCUUGCUGAUCUUUUCGUUGACUCUAAUAAGCCAUAGGUCUGGGGGAGUUAGGAGGUCCAGUAUAUGGCAAAACCCACCACCAAUACGCUGAUAUACUGUGAAAUGUUUACAAAACUGAGGUCUCUUUUUCUAGUAACAGGAGCCUCACUGACUAGUCUGGGAGAAUAUUCCAGGGAGAGGACACUCUCUGGCAUGUCAGCAAGGACGUGUUUAUGCUUUUUCCCAUGAGCUGUCACCCUUUGUAGUACAAGAGUUUGGGAAACUCUUCUGCAAACCCAUGGAUUCUCCACUCUGUAAUUUCUCUACAGACUUAAAAAAAAA